CUGAAAUUUCCACCCAAAUCCUUUCCCUCUUCUCUCUCCCACACACACAGUCACACAGUGACACAUACAACUGAUGCAAACAAUUCUCUCCAAAAACUACACACCGAAACCCUCUUAAUUAUCAAUCUUUAUGGUUUUAAAAAUGCCUGAUUUUGGCAAUCUUUUGGACCCAAAUAUUGAAAUUUCAAGUGAAUCAGAUAGCCAAAUCCAGGCCCUUAUUGUUUCUGACCCAAAUACCCAAAUGGGGUUCCCUAUUUUGCAUAAAGAAGAUGAAUUGAAACUUGAAAAUAGGGUUUUGAGGCAGUGUGGUGGUGGGUCUGUGGCGAAAAGGAGUUUGGAUGAUUAUGUUAAAGAUUGGGUUCAGAGGAAAGUCAAUGCUGGUGUUGAUAAAAACAAUUGUUUCUUGCCAUUCCUUGUUCAUGCUCCUAAAUUGGUUGAGUGCUCUGUUUGCCAAAGAUUGAUUUUUCCUGGUGAGGAGGUAGGAUGCUCUGUUCGAGAUUGUAUGGGAGUUUUCCACUUAAAAUGUGCGAGAGAAAGACUUGGGUUAUCUUCUCCCAAAACAUUUAAGUGCCCUCAGCAUGUAUGUUAUGUUUGUAAUAAAAAGAUACAUCUCUGGCGGUGCAUCAGAUGUCCACUAGCAUCACACGAUAAGUGUGCAGCAUUUCCAGAGCACGUGGUUCAUUUGAAUGAUCAGCCAGGGCGAGUAAUUUGUUGGAAGCAUUCUGCCGAUUGGCAUUUGGAGAAGCAUGAAGCCCCAUUGAGUAAUUUUGAGGAGAUAUUCAAUCAUUUGCCUUUACCAUACGUGGAGGAGGAGUUCAAGAUUGACAUAAAUUGGAAAGACAUGAUUGAAAACAGAUUUGAACCACCACCAUACGUGCAUAUCAAGAGAAAUGUCUACCUCAUUAAGAAAAAACGUGAUGGCGUUAAUGCUGAUAUUGGGUGCACAAACUGCAGAUCUACAGAAUGUUCGGACAAUUGUGUUUGCAGGGUUCAAUGCAUAAGUUGUUCGAAGGCGUGCCGUUGCUCUGAUAUGUGCUCAAACAGACCUUUUCGGAGAGAGAAAAGGAUAAAAGUUGUCAAGACAGAACUUUGUGGUUGGGGGGUAGUAGCAGCUGAAUCCAUAAAGAAAGGUGACUUCAUAAUUGAGUACAUCGGUGAAGUUAUUGAUGAUGCCUUGUGCGAGAAAAGGCUGUGGGAUAUGAAAUAUAAGGGAGUGAAAAAUUUCUACAUGUGUGAACUACGGAAAGAUUUCACAAUUGAUGCAACAUUCAAGGGAAACUUGUCCCGCUUUCUCAACCAUAGCUGCGAUCCUAAUUGCAAACUGGAAAAAUGGCAGGUUGAAGGUGAGACUCGAGUUGGUGUCUUUGCUGCUCAAUCCAUUGAAGUAGGAGAACCUCUGACCUAUGAUUACAGAUUUGUGCAGUUUGGACCAGAAGUGAAGUGCAAUUGUGGAGCUUCGAAUUGUCAAGGCUAUUUGGGUAGCAAGAAGAAAAUUGUGACUACACUGGACAUCUGUUGGGGUACGAAACGCAGGAGAACAUCUACGUCUUGCCUAGCGAUCAUUAAAUUGAAUACGUGUUAGCCAAUUCUUUUAUUUGGUCAUUUGUUUUUGUAUUUUGCUGUUUCCACUAAAUGCAAUAAGCCAAAAGCUAGCCACUGAAAAAAAAAAGGAACAAUGAUUUUGUUGUAUGAAGCUGUUACAUUGGCCACAGAUACAUUGAUUUAUACUGUUAUACACCCUUUUUCAACAUA